AUGAAGUUUUGGGUCAAAGCUAUCACCGACGACAAUUUUCAGGAGCAGCUCCUCGUGAAGGCGAGCAAUUUGCCGGAGCUCACGAAAGAGCUCAGUAGACUUCUCCACACCCACGUGACGUGGAUGUCCGUGUCAGACUUUCAAACCCAAGUGGUGGAGAAACUCAAAAGUGGUGUUGAAAUCCUCCCAGUGAAAAUUCUGACGUCUAAAAUGGCGGGGCAGCCACACGAUGGGGAGACGAGUUUUGUAUGCUCAGAGCCACACACACAGCACGCAACACCAGCACAAGUUGACAUCUCACAAACAUCGAGCAAAGAAGACGAGGCUUGGCCGUUUUCGUCAAGAAGUCCUAGUCUUUCAGAGGCGGGAGUGGUUGCUCGCCCGUCCUCAGCAAGUUGGGCAUUACUUGAUAUUCCUCAGGUGGAUCGCAUUUGUCUUUUCCGCAAGGACAUUGAACUGCUACUGCACCCUUCUUUUGGUGGAACCUAUGUUGAUAUAGUUGCUGGUUGCUUUGUUCGUAUUCGCGAAAGACAAGAUUAUGGCCUUUACCAAAUUAUACGUUUAAUUAACAAUAUGGAAGUGUUAUUAGACAUAAUUCACUACGAAGAAACACGUUCAAUAGAGGUGGUCAGUAAUGCACCACCCGUCCCACAAGAGGUGAGCACAUGGGGUAAAAAGAUGGUAUCGGCACAUAGGUGCUUUAUGGCUCCAGGGUUUAUUGAGGACAAGCUAGGGGAUAUUGAUUCGGCGAUGCGUGCAGCAAGAGCCACUUUACAAGACCAAUAUUUUCAGAUGGGUAUCACUCCUCCUCUGACACCCCCUGCUCAUGCUCGAGAUUCAAGUGGACAACACCGACGCCGUACUUUGCUUGCCCGAACCCGCAUGUAUCCUUUUAUUUCGCUGGGACAAUUAGUUCUUGAGACCAAUGAUGUUCUUCUUCAUGCGCAGGUUUCUGUUAUUGAAGAACCUGAAACAGAUGCCUUUGACCUUGUUCUCUUUGCCACUCGGCAUGCCAACAGUGGGAAGGAAAAAACUCGUCCUUCAGACUUUGCGGGCUGUAUGCUGACGAUAAACAAGAGUGGCGAGCCUCCUGUUAUUUUGAGCGACAGAGAUGUGACAGUAAAGGGGUAUGAGGUGUUUUGUCCUCCACAGAAGUGGGAUUGUCAAUAUGUGACACUAGGACAAAUUCAACCAUCUGUCGAUAGCAUCCUUUACUUUGAUGAUGAGAAAAAAUACACACAAGAGUUUACGGUACUUUCUGGAGACUUGUUUGGGGGUUUAUUCAACUCACCGACGACGACGAUGCUUCCCAUUCCUGUAUGGGCAAAGACUGAGGGAGUUUCUGCACAUAUUAUACGCCCUCAUCUUGUUGUGCAUAGAGAGAAGUUACAUGCGUUUUACAUUGUCCGAAUGCUGGGUCCACACCCACCUCACCGUUCAAGUUUAUUCCGGGUAAAGGGAUGUGGUGGAUUGGGUGCCCAGGUGGGCGGAGAGGAAAGCUCAAUUGCAAAUGUUGCUUCUGAUGAAAAAAAAGCUGUUGAUACUUCUCCAACAUCCGUUGGCAAUGCUUCAUGUGAUGGUAGUUUUUGUGAGAAUGCAAUGGUCGGAGUUUGCCGUUACAGUCUUGCCCAUGCUGUGUGCUUGGACCCCGAAUUGCAUUCAUGGAAGCUUGUGACGGAAAAGGGUCCUCUAUUUUCCUGUUUUUAUUCCAUGCCAAUAUUUACGGUGGCUUCUACCUUUUAUGCCAAGCAAGACUCGGAUGAAGCCUGUUCUACACCGUUGAAAAAUAAACAAAAGGUCCUUCAAAUCCUUUGGUAUGAGGAAGAUUCUAUAUUGCGCCAACCGUCAUCUCUCACAUAUCGCCCUUCCCGUUUGUCGCUGCCGUCGAGUUCCACCAUCAGCAAUCGUGCCUCCUUACCAUUUGAACGCUUGGUGAAUUCGCAUGAGGAAUUACUGCCAGAGCACUGGGUACAGGAACCAUGCUACUCUCCUGUUCGAGUGGAUGUUGAGUCACUCAAGGUUGCUGUGGCUUCACUCUCAUUGUUUGAGUGUUAUAGUACCACAUUUGCUGCUUGUUUGCAGCGGGAUGAUAAGCAAAGGUCCGUUCUAACAGUACUGCCCUUGACAAAUGAACCAUAG